AUGACUAUAUGUUUAAAAGAUAGGGGCUGUUCUUGGUACCAGAAUCCUCAGACAUUCGAUGCUAGUAUUUGUGGGUUGUGUGGCUUCCUUUUAAUAAUGUUUAGCAUUUCUGAAUUGUCAAUUCGGGUAAAUAUGACAUAUCAGUCUUGCGCAGAAUGCUCAAUUUUAGGAGACGUAUACGAAAUCGAUGUGCUCAGUGCAGUGCUCAGGUCUGAUCUCAAAGCAUUUCGCGAUGCAAUCAGUAUUCUCAAACGAAGAGUCGUCCAACAAGUAUCUGAUGAUCGGUUUGAACCUCAUUUGCUGGAACAGAUCGAUCAAAAUAUUCAGCAGAACAAUCCGUACAUUACAACACCGGUGAAACUGGAGCAAUCGCUGAUGGAAGGCGUUUAUAAUAAGGUGGUUCUCACGGAAAAGAAUAUUCCCAGCCCAUAUUAUGCUCUUUUUAUUCGCAUAUCAAUGGAUACUGUCCGGGAUGAAAUAGCGUCAUGUAUCGAAUGUUCCUUUAAAAAAGUUUCGCAAAACGAUGCUGCCCAAUUGUUAUUAUUCAACAACGUUAAUGAAGUUACUCCGUUCGCCAAAAAGGUAUCGUGUUUUACCGUAUUCUUCUAGUC